AUGGCCACCGCCGCCAUGCUGAGAGUAGCUCCGGCGGAGCACCCGGAAACCGGGGACGGUGGCUCCCCCUCCGCUGGGCCUCCGGCGGCGGUGAACGCCGGCGGAGCAGUCGGAGGCUGCAACAUCGACGGCGGCGGAGCACCGUAA